CCCCCUGACACUUCUCAUAAAUAUUACCAAGGCUUAUUCGGGAGGCUCCCACCAUAAAGUCACAUCGUGUCCUGGUUUUAACAAGUUUUCAACCGUAAGAAAAUCGGAAAUUUGCCCCUUUUUUCCCUUCGCCACCGCGUUGGCAGUAUCGGAUGCGCUCCAGCCACCGUUUUUCCAACUCGAACUUUACGCACCGGCUACUGCGCCACUAGCUGGAGAGCUGCUGCUGCCGUUUACCGGCUGCUGCCCGGGGAUCCAGUCCUGGUUCUCCGGAAUCUUCGGCGUCGAGGGCAAAGAUCCCUGAUAAAAUGUAUAAUUAAUGUUUUAAUUUGUGGCUCUCGAUCGAUCGGAGGCUGACUUUCUAUCAACUUGGCUUCGGGACUUUGACUUGUGUUUCUCGUCGCUGCUGGCAAAGAAACCGAGAAACCACAAGUGAUUCAGUGUCACAAACUUCAUUGUUUCUGUCCACAAGAAGAGGAGAAAAAGGACACUUUUUAUCCAGAUUCUUUAAAAUAUCGAGGAUCCAUGAUGAGCAAACCCACCGGUUCAACAAGUGGCUGUUUGGAUAUUCUGAAUGUCAAAUCAAGUCGGAUUCUGGACAUCCCAUGUAAAGUGUGCGGUGACCGCAGCUCAGGGAAACACUAUGGUGUUUACGCCUGUGAUGGCUGCUCGGGAUUCUUCAAGAGGAGCAUCCGCAGAAAUCGGACUUAUGUGUGUAAAUCUGGCUCGCAGGGUGGUUGUCCCGUAGACAAAACUCACAGAAACCAGUGCCGAGCUUGUCGUUUGAAAAAGUGUCUGGAAGUGAACAUGAAUAAAGACGCCGUUCAGCAUGAGAGGGGGCCACGGACAUCUACAAUUCGCAAACAGGUCGCUCUGUAUUUCCGGGGCCACAAAGAGGUGAAUGGCUCCUCGGCACAUUUCCCCGGAUCCUCACUACCCGGUCCUCCUUUUUUCACCACUGUCACCCAGCUGGAGCCGCACAACUUGGAGAUGAGCACAGUAGCCACUACACCGGAAAGACAGGCCAUCGUGGGUCUAGCACAGCCAACUCCUAAGUAUCCCCACGAGGUCAGUGGCACCCCGAUGUAUCUGUACGAGGUGGCUACGGAAUCUGUGUGCGAGUCAGCUGCGCGUCUUCUUUUCAUGAGCAUCAAGUGGGCAAAAAGUGUCCCCGCGUUCUCCACCCUCCCUUUAUCUGAUCAGCUGAUUCUGUUGGAGGACGCUUGGAGAGAAUUAUUUGUUCUGGGCAUCGCGCAGUGGGCCAUUCCCGUGGACUCCACAACUCUUCUCGCUGUUUCUGGGAUGAACACUGAAAACACGGAGUCUCAGCGGAUGAACAAGAUUAUGUCUGAGAUUCAAGCGCUUCAAGAGGUGGUCACCAGAUUCAGACAGAUGCGCCUUGACGCGACCGAGUUCGCCUGCUUGAAAUGUAUCGUGACAUUCAAAGCUGUUCCUACGCAUGGAAACACAGAAUUAAGAAGUUUCCGCAACGCCAGCGCUAUUGCUGCUCUGCAAGAUGAAGCCCAGCUCACUCUCAACAGUUAUAUACACACCAGGUACCCGACUCAGCCGUGUCGUUUUGGUAAGCUCCUCUUGCUGCUGCCGGCCCUCCGCUCUGUCAGCCCGUCCACCAUAGAGGAGGUGUUCUUCAAAAAGACCAUCGGCAACGUUCCCAUCACCAGGCUCCUGUCCGAUAUGUACAAAUCCAGCGAUAUAUGAAUUCUCACCAUCUGCCGGGGCGCGUGAGGAGGGGGAAUAAAAAAGACUGGAGGCCCACGAGGAGACCCACUGAACAAUCAACACAGACUGUCAAAUCAUAGCAGGUGUAGCCACGGCACAAAAUCUCUUACGGGCUGUCUUAAUACAGCCUAUUUAGGCUUAGGCUCCAUUGAACACAUCCGGAUCACAACUUUAGCCUGUUAACAGUUGCUCUAGUCAAGGAUUAGCAUGUACCUUUCAUUAGAGACCUGCCUGUCUGAUUCUGAAAACUGCAAUAUCUUGUGGCCAAAACGGCUUGCAGCGUCUAAAUGUCGCCUUAAGGCUCUGGAGAGCACCUGCCAAGCACGUUUCCUAAAGAAACGCUGUACAUUAAGACUUUUUUUGUUUUGAUUUUUUCCGAGUGUCUAUGAGACCAAUGAGCUUGACGACCAAUUCACCAUUUUAUUUCUGUGUUCAAUCCCAACGGAGGAAACCAAAAAAAGAAGAAGAAGCAGCAGCAUCCGGGGGGGGAGAUGCGAGUCGCUGUUCCUCAAUUCGGUGCUGAAACCAAAUGCACCGAUGAGGCGUCAGCUCCAUGAAGCAUUGCGGAGGACUCUUUAAAAAGGAUGCAUUAUCCUUUGACUGUAAAACUACAUUCAUCUGAAAAAUGGUGUCUGUAUUUAAAUGGCUGUCCCGUUUGUGUUUGGUGUGUCCUGUUUGAGGCGCAGCAUAAAAAAAAGAAAGAAAAGAAAACGCUUAAGGUCGACUUUUUGAAGUUAGACACUAACACUGGAUAAAAUCUUAUUCAGCACUUGGAAAUGUUUUUGUGGCCUGUAAUGUUUUUAUUCUGUUGUAA